UGUGAUAGCGACAGAUGUCUGGAAAACUGCGCAGGGUUUGCUUCGGUGAAGUGGUCCCACUCUGAGGUUUGGAGAGCAAGAAUCUGCAGCUGUCGCUCCUCUGGUUGCCUCACCUCCAUUAUUACAUCCAGUCUGGACUCAAAGAACCAACUCUUGGAACAAGACAGGAGACACCAUGGGAGGCAAACUCAGCAGGAAGAGGAAGGGGUAUGACGUGAGUGACCCUAAGGACAAAAAAAGUGAGAGUGCAGUUCCUUCCAAGGAGGAAGCUGCUCCCCCUGAAGCUCCAUUGACUUCAGAAGACACCAAUGCAGUCCAGGAGACUGUGGUCUCAGAUGUUGCAGCCACUACCGAAGCAGCCGCAGCAGCUCCAGAGCAGCCAACAGCCUCACCUCCGGAAGAACCGAGUGCAGCCGCCGGUUCACCUGAAGCGGCAACCAAUCAGGUGGAAUCACCCGCGGUCACAGAAAAGGAGGUUAAAGAAGAAUCAGCUGCAGUCCAAGAAAAAGAAGCUCCUCCUGUAGUAGAACCUUCACCGGUUAUUGUGGAAUCACCUCCAACACCGCAAGAACCGCCUUCAGUCGAGGCCCAAGCAGAGACAAACCAACCACCUGUAGAUGAAGCCGAGGCUACACCCCAGAUUGAGGAGGCUACUGUCGCGGUUCAGUCUGUGCUAGAGUGUGAACCAGCGCCAACAGAAGAGCAGCCCAAAGAAGAGCCAGAACCAAUCAUAGCAAAUGAGCCGGAGAUCACUGCUGAGGAAACAGCAGCAGCACCGGCCCCCAUCCUAGAGGCAGAAGUUGCCAAGUCAGCAGAGACAACGGCUGAGCAAGUGCCAGAGCCACAGCCGGAGCCAGAAGAUGAACCUGAAUUGGAAGAACAAGUGCACCAUGAACCAGAGAAAGAGCCAGAAUCAGUGGAGCCAGAACCAGAGAAAGAGUCAGCGCCAGUAGAAGAAAAAGAGCAAGAACCCGAGCAGUUACAGGAAAUCGAAUCGGAACCAGAGAAAGUUUCAGAACCAGAAGAAGAGUUGGUUCCAGAACCUGAACAAGAGAAAGAGCCAGAACAAGAGCAGGAGUCAGAACAAGUUCAGGAAAAUGAGCCGGAGGUAGAAGAGCCAGAGGUAGAAGAGCCAGAACCAGUGAAAGACCAUGAACAGGAUACAGAACCACAUCAGGAAAUCGAGCCAGAACAACAUAAAAUUGAGGUGGAAACAUUACCUGAACCAGUUAAUGGUGAGCCAGAAGUCCAGGAAAAAGCAUCCGAGGAAGUCUCUCCAGUAGAAGAACAUGUGGCAGUCGAACCUGAACCAGAAUCAGCGGAACCAGUGCCUGAGAUGUCUGUCUCCCAAACUGAGGUGUCUGAUGAGAAUUCAUCGAACGAAGUUCCUCUCCCCGAGCCAGAGCUGGAGAACAAGAUGGAGAAUGGAGAUAGCGAGACACCGUCGGUGCCAGAUGAGGCGGCUGAAGAAGAGACUCAUCCAGCUGUGAACGGUGAAAACCACGUAGAUGCACACAAUGGCUGCGUUAAUGGCAACGGCAAUGCAGCUGAGUCACCCAUCAAGGAGUACGAACUUAAAAAGGACAUCAAACUUGCUGCUGACGUCCAGGAGGCGCCAGAGUCUGAUGCGAUGGAUGCUAUCAGCGCCGAGGUCACCCCGGCUGUCUGAGCUUGAAACAUCUGUGAGUUAGCUGAUGGUGCAAAAUCCUCAUCCUAGUAAGGUUUUUGGAGAUGCUAAAACCAUCUCUCAAGGUCGCUGAAGCAAAAUGACACUUGACUUGAGCAACCAAAAGUACGACCACUUGAUGCUAGAGAGCGAGAGCUGUGAGAUGCGGACGUGCGCAGAACGUACAAAUGGCACAAAGACUGGACCGUUGUUAUGGUAUUGAGUAAAGUUCUUUUGUGUGUGUGUGAGCCAGAUAAGCAUAAUUAAAUUGUUUAGUGCAUUCAAUAUAUUAACCGGUUUAGUAUUUCGUAUAUCCUUUCUAUUACAAUGUGUCGAUACGUAACAUAAACCUUUUGGCCUUUUCUAAUGAUUGAUAUUCCAAAUGAUUGUACGGAAUAGUGAAUAAAAAGAGAUUGU